AUGGCAGCAUUACCAGCGGCAGAGAAAGACAACAAAUAUGCACUGCAUGAGGCAGCAAGGGACGGCAAGACACAAAUCGUCGAGUCCCUCCUCGCUGCAAACCCACGCCUCGCAACACUCGUCGACGAGGACACACGCCUCCCGAUCCACUGGGCAUGCGCAUAUAACCACAUCGAAAUCGUGCGACUCCUAACAGCCCUGAGAACCUUCGAGCCAGACGCACAGGAUGGGUCGGGGUGGACGCCGUUGAUGAUAGCCGCGAGCCUGAAAGACAACAGUGGCGCCGAGCUGGUCGACCUCCUCCUCGAGGCCAAGGAAGCCGAUCCCAAGGUCAAGACCAACACAGGCGCGACGGCGCUGCACUUCGCGGUGUCCAAGGGUAACUUGGACAUCUGCCGGACGCUGCUGAAGCAUGGUGCCAGCGCGCGGGUCAAGGAUGUGCGUGGCCAGCUGCCGCUGCAUCGUGCUGCCGCCGGGGGGAGUGUGCCGAUUGUGAGAUUGUUGCUUGAGCAGAAGAGCCCUGUUAAUGCUACGGAUGCGGAUGGGAUGACUGCGUUGCAUCACGCUGUCAGUGAGGGCAAUGGUGAUGUGGCGGUCGAAUUGCUCAAGGCUGGCGCUGAGACGGACAAGAAGGAUAACAAUGGGAGAGUGGCUAUUGAAUGUGCGCCAGACAGUAAGAUCCGGUCGUUCAUCCUGGCAGCCGCUGAGCGAGAGGGAAUCGACCUCAAGUGA